AUGGAGUGGCUAGAGCGGAUGCCUGCCGGCAAUCCGGGAGCAUCGUCGUCUGUUCGUGGAUUGCCCGACAAUCCUGCUCAAGGCCGACGUCCUGUUCCCAAUUCCGCAGCCACCUCAAAUGGUCCUCCCCCGCCGCCGCCCCCGAUUCCAAGUCUUCGAAAUACGUCUUCCAACGCGACCUUGUCGGCGUCCAGUCCCAUCACUAGCCCGGCUCAGGUUAUUGGCUUGGCUCGAGAGGCUAUGCAGACGGCCCUGGAGAGCGAGGGUCAGGCUGCUGAGGCUGGUGCUGUCGGCACUGCAUUAAGGGCUGGCGUCACCGUCGAUCUGAGUCGAAAGGGAAUCCAAAAACUACCCGAAGAAGUGAUAGAUAUUGUCAAGGAUCAACUAGAACGGUUAUCGUCGCUCAAGGUCUUGUCUGUGCCCAAGAACCAAAUUCGUGAAUUGCCACUGUGCCUCGCCGAUAUGGGAUCUCUUCAAGUGCUUAAAUUCGAAGGCAACCCCAUUAGCUUCCCACCUAAGGACGCCAUACGACCACAAUCCGGAAGCCCGCCGCAUGAUGGCAUAGUGAGAGAGACCGAAGUCACCGAGGUCGCCGUAACGGCCAUAAUUAAGAAGUUUCUUCGGCAUUAUGCCAUCACGGGACGGAUGGAAAGCGAUGCAACUGGUGAUGAGUCCAGCGAGGGUGGUAUCGACGUACCUCGGUUCCCUUUGAGACGAGCCGCGAGCGGUCGAUUUCCCAUCAAGGUUAAUGGCGCCGACGUACCUGAUAUGCGGUCUCCUAACGGUGCAUCCCGUCCGCCCCCAAUCCCGACGAGGUCGCAUUACCGUGGCUUAUCGCAACAAAGCACUGCGAUGCGUCGGCCGGGCGUUAUGCCUUUAACUAUUGGAAAUGUGAAUGAGAGACUUCGCAGCAACUCCGAGACAUUGCUGCGGUCUGACCGAGGACCGGACGGCCGCAGUCGACGCAUGGGAAUCGUAUCCAGGAAGGCAUCUGAGCUAGGCACUCUAGAUGAGACGCAGGCAAAUAAUCGCUUUAGCCACUACCGUGGCCUGAGCCACGGUUCUGCCAUGCAAGGAACACCCCAGGGUGUCAAGAGUCCGGCGACACCCAGUGACCCAUACCUCCAGCGACCCAUUUAUGUUCGCCGAUUAUCUGUCCUUCCUGAACGUCGACGAGAGUCAAAGAUCUUUGACCCUAUCAUUGAAGCAGCCAAGGGCAUUCUCUACUCCGUCUUUCAGAUUCACCCCAUGAUACAGAUGCUCAUGACCCUGACAAGUGACGGAUCAGCAAAACGGUCAAGCUUAGAGAUCGUCUUCUACAACACCAACUCGCAUGUUGAGGAGCUCGAACAAGAGGUGCAGAGACACGACACCACGCUCCUAGAGAAUGGCCAAUACUCUGCCGUAGAUAAUGAAAACGUGCACCGAGCCUGCCAUACCCUUGUCAGCGCAUACGGCCACGUUUGUACCCUUCUGGCCGAGAACAUUGAUACCUUCGUCAACAACGGAGACGCGCGAUAUAUCCGCACGCUCUUGAUGUUACUCUACAAUAGUAUCAUGGAACUUCGUGUAACUUUAGCCACUGUCGGUGCCUCGCGGCCAGGAUCUCAAUCAUCGAAUCGCAGCAUGCCAGACGCUAGCGAGACGAUAAAACCAUUUCAACGGGAACCUUUUGCGACUCCGACGGCAGAUAGGACUGGACUUUUACGCAAUCGUAAUGGAACCGUCGUUCACAAUCCUGCUGGCCUGCGCGUUGCAACAGACCUCCCGAUUCACUACGCCAAUGGCUCAACUCGGACCGCCAAACUCACCUCGGCAACACCACGGUCAGGCGGAUCCUUUUCUUCUACGGGCAGCCGAGAUCUUGCCAAUGAUUACACGGGAGAGGAUGCACAGUUUGACAAAGUAUUUUUAUCACUACAAAAGUCCACUGACAUAGUCCUCCGCACGCUGCCAAGCUUCCAUGGCCAGCUGCAGGGUGAUUUGAGGACGGCCAUGCAGCGCCGCGCCCCAAUGGCACUUGUCCAGGACUGGAAACAUUUAAUUGCCAUGUGUGGCUAUACCAUACAGCAGACAGAAAUCCUCCGCAACAGACUGUCAUUGAUUAAACUCAACGACCCAAGUGUACGCUCCUACCCCGGAUUUUGGACCUUGUGUAACAACUUUGUCAACUCUUGGUGGUCCUUGAUCACUAAGAUCAAGAAGUCCAUCGAUAGCCUUCCGUUGCCGCCCGAUACAAGGAUGCGAUUGCGACCCAUUCAGCAAUGCAUGAAGGAAACUGGCAACAUAAUCGUACAAUCACCCUGGCACCAUCUCAUGCGAUCCUCUGGGCCUAAUGGGAGUUUGGGCGGUCACUUUUCUCAGAGUGCCUCGCCGACAACCCAGGUUCCGAUUACGCCGCAAAGUGCUGCUCUUGGACCUGCCAUGCAGGCGACCGUUUCUACAACACCGCAUAGCGCCUCGUUCGCCGCGGCAUUCCAUGGCAACGUUUUUGAUCGUGCGGAUGCUCUCAUGGCAAACCCUGGAAUAUCCAUGUCUCGCAGUGGCACAAUGUCGCGAGGUCAUUCUGGGUUCAACUCCCUCUCGUCUAUUUCGUCAAUGUCUUCGGACGGAAUCUCGUCAAUUUCAACACCCUUUAGCCCACCAAAUGGAGGCUUGGGGCUCUCUCGACUAAACGGUGGGAGGUUGGCUUUGUAA